AUGUCACCGCAUCGAAACGCCUGCAGAAAUCAGCUUAUUUCUUGUUUCCUUAUUUUUUUUUUACAGGGCGACGCAGGACUUGAGUACAUGUUCAAGUUUGGUUAUACGAUCGUGCUUGUGACGAUCGCCAUUAUGAUUUGGGCAUCGCUAGCACGGGCCCGCGAAAUCGACACGCAAAGCCACCCACCGUGUGCGUUUAAUCCAUUGUGUUCCUGCUCGAAGAGUGCACCAGACCUCGGCAUCGUCAACUGCCGUGAUGUGCUGUUUCCAGCCGUACCGAAAAUCAUUAACAGUUCUAAGCUGUUCAUGCUCACGAUGGACCGGACAGGCUUACGGGAGCUGGAACCAUACUUCCUGCAGUCGACCGGGCUUUACAGGUUAGCGAUCACGAACAAUCCACUGACGGAGCUGCCGGACGAAGCGUUCUACGGGCUGGAACGCACCCUGUGGGAGCUGGUGCUGGAGCACAACCAGCUAGUAGACAUACCGUCGCGCACGAUCCGUGAUUUGCGCAAGUUGCGUUUGCUGAGCUUGCGGGACAACGAUAUUUCCACCGUUGCGCCGGAUGCAUUCCGUGGCGUAGAGAGCACGCUGCAAAACUUGGUGCUGGCCGACAACUCUAUCACACAGCUGGCGGCGAACACUUUAGCUGGGUUACCCAACCUAGAAACGCUCGAUUUGUCCGGGAAUGGGUUAAUCCAGCUGGAUGCGGCCGUGUUUCGUGACGGGCUGGGCAAGUUGACGAAGCUGCUGUUGGCGGACAAUCUGCUGCAACACGUCCCGUACGAGGCGGUGAGCGUGUUGAGCCGUCUACGUACGCUCGAUCUUUCCCGCAAUCGUUUACAGGAUCUGUCGCAGGAUGACGAUGAGCAGCAGGGGAUGCCCGGUGGUAGCUUUCGUUUGACGCUUGAUACGCUCAAUUUAAGCUACAAUGAAAUGGAAACACUGCCUGCCGCAUCCUUCACACAGUUUGAUACAGCGAACGUUACGCUGCUGGAUGGUAAUCCGCUCACCCUGGUCGAGGAUAAUGCGUUCCGAUCGGCGAAAAUACGCGAGCUUUACGUGCGGCAUUGCGAUUUGGAUCACAUACAGCCGGAAGCAUUCUCGGGGCUGGAGAACUAUCUGCAGGUGCUCGAUCUGUCCGGCAACAAUCUUACCGUCGUGGCUGACAAUCUGUUUAGUGGGUUCGAUAAUCUGAGAUACCUGAACGUCAAGGACAACCUGUUGAGCCAUCCGGACCAGCGGAAUGCAUCUCCCUUUGCACGGUUGAACCUGCACCGGCUGGAAGCGGUUGGGCAGCGGAACCAACCAAUCGCACUGGCAGAUCUGGGUAGCAUGCGUAACUUGCGUUCGCUUACCAUUUCGCACCUUCCCUCCACCAGCCUCGGUCCGGACGAUUUUGCCAACUUUAGUCCCGAGCUGGAGGAGCUUCGUCUGAACCGAGCAUCGCUCAAAGUGAUCAAGGGGCACGCAUUUACACACGUCCGUGGUCUCAAGCGACUCGAUCUGAGCGAAAAUCGCAUCGACUCAAUCGAACCGGACGCAUUCACCGAUGUGGGACAUUCGCUAGUGUCGCUCCGUGCAUCGCACGGACUUGGUGCGCAAUUGGUUGUGUUUCCGAUCGACGCAUUUCGUAAGCUUACCGCACUGGAGGCACUCGAUUUGAGCAACAAUCGGCUGAAGGCGGUCGGUGAUACCGCCUUCCAUCUGCUCCGCAAUCUGGUCAGUCUCGAGCUGCACGACAACCAGAUCGAUACGCUUGCCAAGGGUACGUUCCAGGCGGACAUACACACGAAGCUGAUGAUGAUUUCGCUAAGUUAUAACAACAUCAAACAGCUGUUUACACACACGUUUGUCGAUCUGGAGGAGCUGGAGGCUCUGCUGCUCGAGGACAAUCGAAUCGAAACGAUUGAAAAGCGUACCUUUAUGAACCUGGGCAAUUUGAAGCUGAUCAAUCUGCGGGGCAAUCGACUAACCAAGAUUGCGGAUGAAGCGUUCCAGAACUUGCCGGAGCUGGAGAAAUUGGAUCUAGCGUACAACUCGCUUGCUGCAUUCGAUUUCAUGUAUCUAGAUCAGGUUGGCUCACUGACGUCGCUGGAGGUCGACGUAAGCCACAACAAGAUCAAAACGCUUGGCAUCGUAGAAAACGUCACCGACCCGUCAAGUGGCCAUGGCAGUCGCGAGCAGCAGCAGCAGCAGCAGCAACAACAACACCAGCCCACUAUACACUCCAAUAUCCGUUCGCUCGAUUUUUCCAACAACAACAUCUCCCGGAUAGUGCCUGGCUACUUCCGCCCAGCGGAACUAUCACUGAUGAAGCUGGUGCUAAGCAGCAACAAGCUGUCUACGAUUACGCGCGAAUUGUUCGGCACCAUUCCACAUCUGCAUUGGCUCGAUCUGGCCGACAACGAGAUAACUGAGCUAGAGUACGACACACUGCGAAGUACCCGUAAGCUGCAGGUGCUAAAGCUCUCCCACAAUCUGCUUACCGAGGUACCAUCCGAACUGUUCCGCAACGUGAACAGUUUGCGCGUGCUAGAGCUAGCGCACAACAGCCUGAAGUAUCUGCCGGACAAUCUACUGCUAAGCGAAGGGCUGGAGCGGCUGGACGUGUCCCACAACCAGCUCACGAAGAUACCGGUCACCGCACUGUCGAACAUGGCCGCACUGUCGUUGUGCGAGUUGGACCUCAGCCACAAUCACAUCGGUGCCAUCCACAGUAUCGAUUUGAGCAACAAAUUUCGCUCACUGUCUUGGUUGGACCUAUCGCACAACCGGCUCGUACGGUUGGAGGAUGCUGCCUUUGCGACCCUGCCGCGACUCUCCGUGCUCAAUCUCUCCCACAACGACGAGCUGGAAGUGAUGGGCAAAGCGUUUGUUGGGCUAGAAAACAGCCUGAUCGAGCUGCUGCUCGCCAACGUUUCGCUCAGCUCGGUACCGGAGCUGUCGAAUCCUUCGCUGCGUGCGCUAAAAAUUUCUCACAACGAUCUACCCUCGAUUCCGCCGGAACUGGCGGCCAAUAUGACGUCCCUGAGGGUGUUGGACCUGUCGGAGAAUGACCUCACCAGCGUACCGCUGAUAACGCACUCCUUGCCGAAUCUGAAACAUCUUUCCCUGUCGGGUAAUCCCAUUACAUCGCUAUCCAACACGAGCUUGCUAGGAGCGGCGGACACUUUGGAACAUUUGGACAUUGCCAAUCUGAACCUGCACUCGAUCGAGACGGGAGUGCUGAACAAACUUCAUUACCUGCGCUCGCUGCGAAUAUCGACCUUCCCGGCACUACCCAACUUUAAUAUCCCUCGCAUACUGGAAAAUGCGAACAAUUUGCGCGAACUGUGGAUAGAAGCCCCGAAACCGCCAUCCAGCCAUACCGCGGGUGGAUCACCCGGAGCGACCGGCACCGCUUCGAAGGCCACGAAACCGAUCGCCGUUCCUGCGACGGAUUUGCGGCGCGAGAUGGAUGGUCUGCUACCCCGCAAGCUGCAACGCAUUACGUUUGGCGGUACCGGCUUCAGCCGACUUUCCGACACCGUGCUCAAGGGUGUCCGUUCCGCUACGUUGUACUUCCGGCUGCACAACACAUCGCUGGUCGCGCUGCCCGGCAACCUGUUCCGGCAUAUGGGGAAACCGGUGCGCAACGUCACCGUUACGAUCGACGACGAUAACGAUCUGCUGCAGAGCGUACCCAACCCGAACACGGCACACUAUCUAGCCCUGCCGGAGCACGUCUUCCUAAUCGAGCUGGACAUUGGUGGCAGCGUGCUGAACUGUGACUGUGAGAUAGGAUGGAUCGAGUUCUGGCAGCGCAAACGACGUCAGUACCUGUGCCCGGCCAAUCCGUGGACCGAAACGAGCCUGACCAACUACUUCAAGCACACCACGCCGCUAGCGUACGCGAAGGGUUCCGACUGUGGCGAUUCGGCCAACGAGCUGCGCCAGGCACGAUGCAGCAACAAAAACAACGAUCUGCUCCUGGAGGUGCUAAAGAAGGAUCUGGAGUGUGGUUGGGGCAGCACCGGCAACCGGUUGGGCAUUGUGCCGGCGAUUGCGUUCGUGCUCGUGUUUAUCGUACUGCUCAUCUGACUCAUGCGCUACCUGUUCCGGAUGUACAGCGAAUUCUACGACUACCUCGAGCAGCUCUACAGUGAACAGACGAUCGGUGGCAAUGGGUCCGCCGUUGUCGGCAGCUACCUGGACGACGGUUGCGAUUACAGCAGUGAGCUGGACAUAGAGCUUGAGGAGCUGUGAAGAGA